UUUGCAGUGGACAGGAAGUUUGGCGAACCAUCCGCUGGGGUAAAGUAUAUAUAAGGGCCACUCUACUUCACGAAUCGAGCGUGAAUUGCAGCCUGACAAUGAUGAAGCUGAAGUCCACACUUUUACUGGUCGUUUGCGCUCUGCUCGCCAAUGCAGCCGCAGCACCUAAUAAACAGAAAAAGAGAGGACACGCCGCCAAUGUUCAACAAGGGCCUCCCGGAGGAGCUGGAGGUGAUACUGCUGGCGCUGGAACUGACGAGGAAUCAGGAUUUUCCGGACCAGGUGACCAACCAGGUGGUGGCAGCGACGGCGGUGGAAGCGGCGGUGGAAGCAACAGUGGAAGCGGCGAGGGUCAACGACAAGGUCAGCGCAGACAAAGAGGACCUCGACCUCCACCUCCUCCAAUGGGAGGUUCAGGUGGCGCUCCCUGGGACAACCUCCCAAGCAACCAAGAUCCAACAGGUACAAAUGGAUCUCCUUCUGACGCUGUUGUCGGCGGAGGUAGCGCUGGUAGCGGUGUUCCUUCAGGUGUUGGGCCUGCCGGUGAUACUGUCAAAGCUUCUGCGCCUCAAACGGUAAAAUUAAACAAAAAGCAAAAAGCAGCCAACGUCAAGAACUCAGCUUCAAACACAAAAAACGCCAAUGGUAAAAAUAUCAAGUCUCAAGCAAACAAAAAACACGUUAACAAGAGCAAUAAUCCAUCUGGAUAAACCUUGAAGGCUUUUCGAUGUUGUUUUGCAGAACGCAAUAAAAAUUUCAGAUGCUUGAAAAUAAACUUUUGUUGU